CGGCGUGGAUGUGCAGAAGGACCGGGCGGACGGCUCCCGUCAUCCGGUCUAGCGUCUUCACCUGUUUGUGGUCGGAGCUGCGAUGAAACCGGAGCGGCGGAGCGCCACCGGACCGGCAGGAAGGAUGAGUCGGUUGUGAUCAUCCGUCGUGGACCACAGGGGAGUUCAGGGGCACGAGCGGCGGUCUGGGCGCGCUCGCAGCCUGGGCCAUCCUGCAGAUGGAGAGCUUCCAUUGGGUGCAGCAUCGCUGCCGACAGCUGCUGUCGGCAGAUUCAAGCCGAGGCUGGUACUCCGCCCCGGAUGGUUCGGCCAACAAAAGCUCCUCUCAGGGGCCCGGUGGAAAAAGGAGAACUGUGUUUGCCCGCCAUGGCCCCCUCCAGCAGCAAUACGCAGCUCUGCCCAAGAAAUACCAGGGCAACGCCAUCUGCACGACCCAAUACAGCCUGCUGACCUUCAUCCCCAUGAACCUGUUCCAGCAGUUUCACAGGUUUGCUAAUCUUUAUUUCCUGUUCCUGGCACUGCUGAACUGGGUCCCCGUGGUGGAGGCCUUUGAGAAGGAAAUCACCAUGAUUCCUCUGCUGGUGGUCCUCGCCGUCAUCGGCAUCAAAGACGCCCUGGAGGACUAUAGACGCUACCUGUCUGAUAAGAAGGUCAACAACAACAUGGUUGAGGUCUUCUGUGGCGCGCAGAAGGACUACGUGGACUGCUGCUGGAAGGAUGUGCGGGUCGGCGACUUCGUCCGUCUGUCCUGUAAUGAAAUCAUUCCCGCCGACAUGGUGCUGCUGUACUCCUCAGACCCCCGCGGGGUUUGUUACAUCGAGACUGCCAACCUGGAUGGAGAGACCAACUUGAAGCAGAGGCAGGUGGUGUCGGACCUUCCCUUGCAGGACUCACAGUUCAGCCCAGGGAACUUCCACAGCCGCAUUGAAUGCGAGAACCCCAACAACGACCUGAACCGGUUCAGAGGCUUCAUAGAGCACGCCAAUGGGGUUCGAGUCGGCCUCCACAGCAGCAACGUCCUGCUCAGGAGCUGCACCAUCCGGAACACGGAAACAGUGAUUGGGAUUGUGGUUUAUGCUGGCCACGAGACCAAAGCCAUGAUGAACAACAGCGGGCCGCGGUACAAGCGCAGCCUGCUGGAGCGGCGCCUGAACAGGGACAUCCUGUGGUGCGUGGCCCUCCUCAUCGUCAUGUGUCUGAUUGCCGCUGUGGGUCACGGACUCUGGCUGAAGAACCUCAAAGACCCCAUCUUUCAGGUUGACGGGGAGAUGUCCCCGGCCCUUGCUGCCUUUUACGUCUUCUGGACCAUGAUCAUCGUGCUGCAGGUGCUGAUUCCCAUCUCUCUGUACGUGUCCAUUGAGAUCGUGAAGCUGGGUCAGAUCUACUUCAUCCAUAACGACCUGGACAUGUACAACGAAGAGCAGGACUCCAGGAUCCAGUGUCGGGCUCUCAACAUCACAGAGGACCUGGGUCAGAUCCAGUACGUGUUUUCCGAUAAGACGGGAACCCUGACGGAGAACAAGAUGGUGUUUCGUCGCUGCAGUAUUUUUGGCGUGGAGUAUCCUCAUGAGGAAAACGCUCGGAGGCUGGCGGUGUACGAGGAGGACCCGAACAGAGGUGCCAGUCGUACUGUGACCCUCAAGUCGGCCUGCAGCCGGAAAUCGCUGACGUGCCGCUCGCUCAGCUGCAACCGCAGCUCCGUGUCUCUGCACACCCUCACCGCUGAGUCCGGGGAGGAGGACCAGCUGUCCAGCCACCCACAGGCCAAGACGGGCGCCUUCUGCAGCCCCAUGGCGAAGGACGUGGUACCGGACCCAGCCCUGGAGAAGAAGCUGAACUCUCUUUGCUCCUCUCUGCUGCACCUGAGUGACGGUUUGUUUAAGACCACAUCCAACCUGGAGCUCACCUACAUCACCGACUUCUUCCUGGCUCUGACCAUCUGCAACACUGUAGUGGUCUCCUCGCCUGGACAGCCUCGCCAUGUGAUGCGUGAGGCCCGGACCCCCCUCAAGUCUCUGGAGGAACUCAAAGUGAUGUUCCAACGCCUCAGUUUCUCGCCCUUCACCACAAUGUCCACCCCUCAGAUGAAGAGCAGCCCCCGCGGCUUCACCAGCAGGCUCUUCAUUCGGGGCAAGAGCGGCUCUUUGACUUUCCCGACACCCACCAACAACAGUCCCAGCUGCCCGAACCCAGGACCAGAGAGCUACGAGGAAACCAGCAGCCUCAAAGUGGAGCUGAAUAUGUCUGCGGGAAGAGGAGAUCCUAUCUGGGCAGAUCCGGACUCCAAGGAGGCUCUCAAGGAAGCACAGAUCAGCUCAGACAGGUUUAAGGGGAGCAUGGAGGACCAGGAUGAAGACGGCAGCUCAGGGGAGGACAGUGAGGAUGAGCUGCUGUACGAGGCGGAGAGCCCAGACGAGGCCGCCCUGGUCCACGCAGCCCGAGCGUAUCACUGCACCCUCAGGGCACGCUCCCCCGAGAACCUGCUGGUGGAGCUGCCAGGAAUCGGCUCACUGCCGGUGCGCUUGCUGCACGUCCUGCCGUUUGACUCCAACAGGAAGAGGAUGUCGGUGGUCGUCCGACACCCUCUCACCGGAGAGGUGGUGGUCUACACCAAGGGUGCAGACUCUGUCAUCAUGGAUCUGGCUGAAAGGCCUAAAGGUGCAGAACACGCUCAGGAGUUGUACAGCCACAUCCGAGAGCAAACCCAGAAACAUCUGGACGCCUACGCCAGGGAGGGCCUCCGCACACUCUGUAUCGCCAAGAAGGUUCUGGAGGAGGAGGAGUACGACGUGUGGAUGAAGAGGCAGCUGCUGGCAGAAAGCAGCAUUGAGAACAGAGAGGAGCUGCUGCUGGAGUCGGCCCAGAGGCUGGAGACCAACCUCACUCUGCUGGGAAGCACAGGCAUUGUAGACAGACUUCAGGAGGAGGUUCCAGAAACCAUCGAAGCUCUUCAGAGGGCUGGCAUCAAAGUGUGGGUCCUGACUGGAGACAAACAGGAGACAGCCAUCAACAUCGCCAACGCCUGCAAACUUCUCCGCUCCAGUGACCAGCUGCUGACAGCCAACUGUGAUAACAAGGACGCUUGUGCAGCUCUACUCAACGAGCUCAUUGUGGAGGUCCAGUGUGGACAAGAAGGUGUAAGCGAACAGAGAGAAGACCCGUCUUCUGGAUCGACUGGCUUCAUCCUGGCCAUAGAUGGUCGGACUCUGGACUGGGCUCUGCAAGAGGACCUGCGGAGCAGCUUCCUGGAGCUGAGCCGCAAAUGCAAGGCCGUCCUCUGCUGCCGAUCCACUCCACUGCAGAAGAGCAAAGUGGUCCAGCUGGUCCGGGACCAUUUAAGGGUCAUGACCCUGGCUGUGGGUGAUGGAGCCAACGAUGUGAGCAUGAUCCAGGUGGCAGAUGUCGGCAUCGGCAUAUCCGGUCAGGAGGGAAUGCAGGCUGUGAUGUCCAGUGACUUUGCCAUUCCCCGGUUCCACCUCCUCAGGAAGCUGCUGCUGGUUCAUGGACACUGGUGCUACCAUCGCCUUGCAAACAUGAUCCUCUACUUCUUCUAUAAGAAUGUGAUGUACGUCAACCUGCUGUUCUGGUACCAGUUCUUCUGUGGUUUCUCUGGGAGCGUCAUGAUCAACUCCUGGGUGCUCAUCCUCUUCAACUUGCUCUUCACUUCCGUCCCUCCUCUCAUCUAUGGAGUUCUGGAUCAGGACACGGCUGCAGACGCUCUUGAAGAGCAUCCUGAGCUGUACCAGACUGCACGCUCCUCCAAGGUCUACGUUCCCUCCAUUUUCUGGAUCACAAUCCUGGACGCCUUCUACCAAAGCUGCGUUUGCUUCUUCAUUCCUUAUUUUGCCCUGGCAGGGUCAGAUGUCGAAAGUUUGUCCUUUGGCUCCCCGAUCAACACCUCAGCUCUCUUCAUCAUCCUGCUGCACCAAGUCAUCGAAAGCCACACGCUGACAUGGAUUCACGCGCUCGUCUUGUUUCUCAGCGCUGCCUCCUAUUUCGCCUUCGUGCUGCUCUUCAGCACCUUCUGCAUCGUCUGCAGCCACCCCACCAACCUGCUGGGGGUGGAGCCUCGGCAGCUGAGCACACCCCUCUUCUACGUCAUCUGUGCCGUCACCACAGUGACGGCCCUGAUCCCCAGGAUUUUGUUCCGGUCUCUGUUUAACACCGUGCACCCCUCCGCUCUGUUGACCAAAGACCAGAGACAAGAAGCAGCUUCAGAGUCGUACCGCAGGAGGAUGCAGCGCUGGAACCAAAACCAUGCUAGAACCGGGCUCCCAGUGUGCGCCGACAACCCCGGCAUGGUGCCCAGUCGGGAGGAGGUGCUGUCUUGACCAUGUGGGUUUUCGGUGGCCCCUCCUGCCUGCCGCUCUUAGAACCAAAGCUGGUCUGGACUGUCCUCAUGAGCGGCAGGGAGGAUGGGAAGCUGCAGUCCAGGAUGAAGCGCGCUCAGGCGGGCCGUGUUUACAUGGCUGUCAGCUGUUUGACUGUUACGAUGACGACCCGCCUCUGCUCUUGUUUACUCGCCGAGCUGGACUCCAUGAGGCUGCAUGGUGCCGAGGCUUCGGACUUCUUAAAGCGCUUCAAUAACAUUCUAGCCAAAGUGAAGAUGAUCAGGACAAUGCUCAAAGAGUGGACACCGUUGUUUUUUUUUUUUUACUUUUAUUUGUAAUAACUGACCAUUUCAUGUUUUAUAUUGUUGAAGUUUGUUCAAAUCAGAUUUCAUCUGUCUACUUUCUGAACCCCUGAAUCCCUUUUGGGGGUCAGAGGGCUGCUGGAGCCUAUCCUGUCUACGGUCCUGUUAAAUUCAGGAACGAAACCAGGAAGGUUCUGAUGAGACGGCAGGGUUCUGAUGAACCUCUGAGCCAGGCAUCAGUGCCCAUUCUCUCAGGAGAAACCGUGAAGUGACCUUACCACUCCAUCAUGCACAAAUGCUGCAAUAGAAGUUUUUAGUGGAAUAAUGGAAGUUACCAAUCAUCAAUGCUUUUGCAAUAAACAGCUUUAUGAAUUUCA